AGUCUACAAGCCACGCUGAACUGCGCUGGGUUGGCGUAUCUUGCGUUAUAAUCGUCGGGUAAUCGGGUUAAUUUCUUGGAAUGUUGUUAUUGUUGUUUUGUGCGUACUUGCCGACUUGCCGACUUGCCGGGUGUCAGUAAUGGAGUUGUACUGCGGGGCUAUGCUGCUAUGAAGUUGAAGUUGCUAAGUCAUGGUGAUGUAGAAAUCGCGCAGCGCGCAUAUUAUGCAUCUACUGUGAUGUGAAUGCCCCACGUCAAUGCGAAACGCGCAGCGUUCAGGCGCACACAGCACAGGAGCCAGCUUCAAACAAGACAAACAGAAGCCGCCAGAUCAUCCCUGAUGUCAUCUAUCUUGGACGUAGUGGAUUUAGAGGACAAAAAGUGAAGAAUUGCCAACCAAUGAUUCAUUCCUGAACUCCAGAACUAGAAGCCCAACACCAAAGGACCAAGCUGGAAUCUCAUGGACUAAAUCAGGAAUAUCUGCUCUAAAGAUGGAACCUCUGGACUAAACUAGAACUCCAUGGACUAAAUAGGAAUAGUUCUUGAACCAGGAAUAUCAGGACCAAAAGCUGAAAUAUCACAGACUAAUUUAGGCAUUUCUGGACUAAAAUUGGAAUCUCUGGACUGAAUAUGGAAUUCCUGGGCUGAACUAGAAGUCUUUGGGUGAAAUCAGUAAUCUCAGCGACACGACAGUUUUUUUCUGUGAUAUCUGACUGACUAGCGUUGAGGAUGUGUGUGUUGUAACAGGCUAGUCACUAGAUAGCUAUGCUAGAGAGGUGAACAUAUUAUCAACACAUUGACUCUGGAGGAAAUACUGCCAAUAGUGAUGGAUGGAAGUUAUAAUCAUCAAAUCGGACAAACGGAGGGGUACGUGGGUGUUACUUGUGUAGGACUUUGAUUUGUAAUAACAGAUACUGCGUGGAAAACCCCACCCGUGAACGUUUAGUAGUAUUGAUAAGUAUCACGCGUUGAGUGACUAUGCACUAUGCACUGUGUUACAAUCAUUCAAUAAGGAUUAAUCAAUCGGGUGCAAAAGUCGACUUGGGGGAUUCAGGGAAAAUCUAUACUUAGUCCAUUGAUUGAUUAAUCCGUCUCUAAGACAGACCCCCCCCCCCCCCCCCCCCCAUCGGUCAGGAUGUUGUGCCCCAGGAAGAAGCGCCUCACUAGGGAUGCAGAUUUCUCUGCCAUCGCGGUGCCGUCAAUGCGGGGGUCUGGGUACCUGGACUACACCAUAGAGACCCACCCCUCCAGAGCCCUGCAGGCCAUGGAGGACUUCAGAAGGCACGAGAUGCUGUGUGACAUCACCCUACACGUCACCUAUAAGGACACGACCGUUGACUUCAAGGUGCAUAAAGUGGUGCUGGCGUCCUGCAGCCCAUACUUCAAAGCCAUGUUCACCAGCAGCUUUAAGGAGUGCCACGCCUCCGAGGUGACGCUACGUGAUGUCUGCCCCCUGGUGGUAGGGCGGCUCAUUGACUUUGCCUACACCUCACGCAUCACCGUGGGGGAGAAGUGUGUGCUGCACCUCCUACUGGCCGCUAUGAGGUACCAGAUAGAAGACGUGGCUAAGGCUUGCUGUGACUACCUCACUAAAAACUUGGAGCCUGCCAACGUGAUCGGCAUCGCUCGGUUCGCUGAGGAGAUUGGCUGCACCGAGCUGCACCUGAGGAGCCGCGAGUACAUCAACACACACUUCAACGAGGUAACCAAAGAGGAGGAGUUCUUCAGUCUGUCUCACUGUCAGCUGUUGGAGCUCAUCAGCCAGGACAGCCUCAAGGUGCUCUGUGAGUCAGAGGUGUACAAGGCUUGUACAGACUGGGUACGAUGGGACGUGGAGAGCAGAGCUCCGUAUCUCCACGCCCUCCUCAAUGCUCUCCACGUCUACGCUCUGCCUCCCAAGUUCAUCAAGAUACAGCUCCAGUCCUGCCCCAUCCUCAGCAAGGCCAACUCCUGUAGAGACUUCCUGUCUAAGAUAUUCCAGGAAAUGGCGUUGAGGAAGCCCCUCCCCCCUGCGCCUCACCGUGGAACACAGCUUAUCUACGUAGCCGGAGGGUAUCGGCAGCACUCUCUGUCUUCUAUGGAGGCCUAUGACCCUGGUAGGAACGUCUGGCUGAAGCUAGCUGACAUGGGCUCUCCCUGCAGUGGCCUGGGCUCCUGUGUGCUGUUUGGCCUGCUCUACACGGUGGGAGGCAGGAACCUGUCCCUACAGAACAACACUGAGUCCAGUUCCCUGUGCUGCUACAACCCCAUGACCAAUCAGUGGAGCCAGCACGCCUCCCUCAACACCCCCAGGAACAGGGUGGGGGUGGCUGUGGUGGACGGGAGCAUUUACGCCGUGGGGGGGUCCCAGGGGUCCACACAUCAUAACACUGUGGAGAGGUAUGACCCAGAGGCGAACCGCUGGGUGUUUGUGAGCCCCAUGUCAGUAGCCCGUCUGGGGGCGGGGGUAGCAGGUUGCGAGGGGUCUCUGUACGUGGUGGGGGGGUUCGACGGCCAGAACCGCUGGAACACAGCAGAGAGGUUCCACCCCGAUUCCAACACCUGGCACCAACUGGCCCCCAUGACCACUGUACGCAGUGGACUAGGUGUGGUGUGUGUGGACUCAUACCUGUAUGCAGUAGGAGGGUAUGACGGUCAUACCCAGCUCAGCUCCAUGGAGAGGUACAGUGUAACCAGAGAUGUGUGGGAGCCAGUGGCCUCCAUGCAGCACUGCCGCAGCGCUCACGGGGUCACCAUCUACCAGGGACGCAUCUUCAUACUGGGUGGUUUUAACUCCACAGGGUUUCUGUCCAGUGUUGAGAGUUACUGCCCUGACACCAACCAGUGGACGUCCAUCACCGACAUGUUGCUAGGACGCAGCGGAAUGGCCGUCGCAGUAACGAUGGAGCCCUGCCCCGGCAACCUGCCCGAGGAGGAAGAAGAAGAGGAAGUGACAUAGUUAGAGCGAGGAGACAUGACUCAUCAUAACUCUUUUUAUAUUUGACUCAACAUGGCGGCAGAGCAGGACUUGUUGCAGUAGAAUUAGAAUGAGUAGAAAGUACAAAGCUCUUAGAUCACUUUUAUCCAAAGCCACAAAGUUUGCAUUAAUCAGGAAUGUCUGUUCUGAUCAUUCUAAUUCUAUGUGGAGUCAGUAGGAAGUGGACCAGGGGGAGGACGUGACCUCACAGUGACUUCAAAGUGACCUCACCAUUAUUAGGGUGCUACAGACAAAGAGUUAGGAAUUAGAAUACUAGAAUGGGCAUGAACCUUCGUAUGAUGCCAUUAUAAGACACAUUGCCUGAAUCACUAAAUGGGCUGUCACUCCCAAACAGAAGACAAUUGCAUUGGUAACAAUUUAUUUUUUAAAUGUAUCAACUUAAAUUUAAGGAACACCUAACUUUACAAGACUGACAUGACUUAUUUCGACAACAGCAGCCAUUACACAUUCCAAGGGUACAUCAUGAGGUUAGAGUAAGAUCUUUCGGCUACAAAGACCCAACUGACUGGAAUCACAGUGAAUUUAAGAGCCACUUUUCAAAUGUUAAGAACAAACAGUUUGUGUUUUUAAUCAAGACACUGUCUUUCAAAGAUAAUUCUUAAAAAUCCAAAUAACUUCACAGAUCUUCAUUGUAAAAGGUUUAAACACUGUUUCCCAUGCUUGUUCAAUGAACCAUAAACAAUUAAUGAACAUGCACCUGUGGAACGGUCGUUAAGACACUAACAGCUUACAGAGAGUAGGCAAUUAAGGUCACAGUUAUGAAAACUUAGGACACUAAAGAGGCUUUUCUACUGACUCUGAAAAACACCAAAAGAAAGAUGCCCCGGGUCCCUGCUCAUCUGCAUGAACGUGCCUUAGGCAUGCUGCAAGGAGGCAUGAGGACUGCAGAUGUGGCCAGGGCAAUAAAUUGCUAUGUCUGUGAGACGCCUAAGACGGUGCUACAGGGAGACAGGACGGACAGCUGAUCGUCCUCGCAUUGGCAGACCACGUGUAACAAGACCUGCACAGGAUCGGUACAUCCGAACAUCACACCUGCGAGACCGGUACAGGAUGGCAACAACAACUGCCCGAGUUACACCAGGAACGCACAAUCCCUCCAUCAGUGCUCAGACUGUCCGCAAUAGGCUGAGAGAGGCUGGACUGAGGUCUUGUAGGCCUGUUGUAAGGCAGGUCUUCACCAGACAUCACGGGCAACAACGUCGCCUAUGGGCACAAACCCACCGUCACUGGACCAGACAGGACAGGCAAAAAGUUGCGCUUUUGAGUUGCAUUUUUGUCUCACCAGGGGUGAUGGUCGGAUUCACGUUUAUCGUCGAAGGAAUGAGCGUUACACCGAGGCCUGUAUUCUGGAGUGGGAUCAAUUUGGAGGUGGAGUGUCCGUCAUGGUCUGGGGUGUUCCCGAUACAGGGAAGACAUCCUCCUCCCUCAUGUGGUACCCUUCCUGCAGGCUCAUCCUGACAUGACCCUCCAGCAUGACAAUGCCACCAGCCAUACUGCUCAUUCUUUGUGUGAUUUCCUGCAAGACAGGAAUGUCAGUGUUCUGCCAUGGCCAGCGAAGAGCCUGGAUCUCAAUCCCAUUGAGCACGUCUCAGACCUGUUGGAUCGGAGGGUGAGGGCUAGGGCCAUUCCCCCCAGAAAUGUCUGGGAACUUGCAUGUGCCUCGGUGGAAGAGUGGGGUCACAUCUCGCAGCAAGAACUAGCAAAUCUGGUGCAGUCCACGAGGAGGAGAUGCACUGCAGUACUUAAUGCAGCUGGUAACCACACUAGAUACUGACUGUUACUUUUGAUUUUGACCCCCACUUUGUUCAGGGAUACAUUAUUCCAUUUCUGUUAGUCACAUGUCUGUGGAACUUGUUCAGUUUAUGUCUCAGUUGUUGAAUCUUGUUAUGUUCAUACAAAUAUUUACACAUGUUAAGUUUGCUGAAAAUAAAUGCAGUUGACAGGGAGAGGACGUUUCCUUUUUUGCUGAGUUUAUGUAUAUAUUAUAGGUACUUAGUUUUAUUAGUUGUAUUAGUAGUUUUACUUGUAGCCCUAUUAUGCUGUUAAUGUAUGUAUUUUUAAAAUAUAUUUUGUCAUUAUCA